GGGAGAGAGCACUGGGGGAGUGGCGGCAGGUCAAGGAGACACAGGAUGAGCAGUAGAGGGCGUGACAGGAGCAGAUGUAACAAGAUCAGAUGUCAACCUCAGUGAAUGCGCUGCAGCCCAGCGGAUAACCAAGCGUGGAUUAAGAGUGACAUUACAGUGAAGAGAUGGCUGAGCUGAGAGUGAAGAAGGUUCCCUCUGGUUGUCCCCCUGUCCCUUGGAGAAUGCUGCUGAUGGGCAGACCAGGAAGUGAAAUCAGCAGUGUGACUAUUGUCAUUUGAACUUUAUACGGAAUAACCUGUUGUGGACCAUGCAAGUAUUUUUGGAAGCUAGCUAUUGAUUUGUUUCUUACACUAACUAGCCAUGGUGGUGGAGCAGAGAAGCUGGGUGCUGACUUGCGCCACUGUCGCCUUUGUCGCAGCGCUUUACCUGCCCUGCACACAGAAGGCUGUCCCCGGUGGAGACUCAGGAGAGCUGAUCACCGCUGCUUGUGAGCUGGGGGUGGCUCACCCCCCGGGAUACCCAGUCUUCACCCUCUUAGCCUGGCUGGCUCUGUCCCUGCUGCCCUAUCUCUCCCUCUCCGUGUCUCCGGCCCACAGUGUCAACCUGCUGAGCAGCUUGCUGGGGGCCGGGGCCAGCGGGGCCCUCUGCUUCACUGUCUGCAGACUGGCAGGCCCAGGGCCGGGUGCGGUGCUGGCUGGGGGGGUGUUUGCUGUGUCCAGGCUCAGCUGGCAGUGGUCGGUGGUGGCUGAGGUCUUCUCCCUCAACAACCUCUUUGUUGGGCUCCUCUUCUCCCUGACUACCAGCUUCCACUGUGCUGACAGUGCCCCCCAGAGGAGGAAGGUUUCCCAUUGGGGGGCGCUGUGCUGUGGCCUGGGUCUGUGUAACCAGCACACUCUGGUGUUGUACGUGGUGGUCAUCAUUCCCUGGGUCCUGCUCCAACUCUACUCUCACAGAGAGCUGUCUGCCUGUGGGGUGAUGUCUCUGGGACUGUGUUUCCUGGGGGGUCUACUGCCCUACGUCUACCUGCCUAUCUCCUCCUACCUGAACACAGCUCGCUGGAGCUGGGGAGACCAGACUUCCCUCUCAGGCCUCUUUACUCACCUACUGAGGACUGAAUAUGGCACCUUCAGCCUGGCCAAGACAGAAGGUACCGGGAACCUCACCAUGAUGCUAAAGGCUCAGCUGGACCACUGUAUGGCUGACCUGUCCCUCCCUGUGCUGUUCCUGGCUGGACUGGGCAUGUUCCUCAUCUCCUGGGACAGGAGACGCCUUGUUGUUCCCUGGCUACUGACGGCCAUGCUGCUACUCUACUCCCUGUUCUUUGCCUGGAGAGCCAACCUGGACAUCAGCAGACCCCUACUGCUGGGAGUGGUGGAGCGGUUCUGGCUUCAGAGCGAUGCUGUGGUGUGUGUGCUGGCUGGGCUGGGCCUGAGUUGGACACACACAGGCCUGGAGAGGAGGCUAGGCCAUGGGGGUCUGUGGAGGGCCGGAGGCUGGCUCUUCACCGUAGGUGUCCUGGCACACAUGGUGCACUCCAACCAUCGAGAGUGUGAUCAGAGCAUUAACAGUGUUGUGGAGCGGUUCGGCAGGGAGCUUCUGGCCUCUGUUCCUCCAGACUCUAUCAUCCUGACCCGGGGAGACCUCCCAGGGAACUCCCUGCGCUACCUCCACUACUGCCAGGGGGUCCGGCCUGACGUACACCUCGUUGACCAGGAGAUGAUGACGUACAGCUGGUACGUGGCCAAGCUGGGCCAGCAUCACCCUGGGGUUCAUUUCCCUGGGCUCUGGUGGGACCCGGUCCACACUGAGGAGAAGGACACCUUCAGUCUGGAGCAGUUCCUCUCUCACAACACACGGUGGGCCGUGCUGGCCUGCAUCGGGCUGCCUGACGGGGACCCCAGCUGGGAGAGGAGCUUCUCUCGCUGGCCCCUAGGCGUGUGUGACCACCUGGUGCCUGCCCAGGAGCACUUCCACCCAGAGGAGUGGGCCCGUCGCACCCGCUACAUCUAUAACUGGACCGAGCCACACAACAGUUUCCACCCAGGGUCCUGGGAGAGGGUGGCUAAUGAGGAGAUGUGGCAGGCCAGGAUGAAGACGGCUUUCUUUCUGUUUGACCUGGCUGAGAGGAUCCAGGGAGAGGGGAAAGCUCGCCUGUUUGAGCUCUCCUACACUCUGUAUAAGGAGAUCGUGGAGAGCCAUACAGACUACCCUCCCAACUGGGAUAAAAAUCUGGCCCUGGCCAGCGAGAGGCUCCUGCGUUCAGGGAAGCAGGGCCACAGCCCUGACAGCCUGCUGACCUGCAGCAUCCAGCACUUCAGCCUGUACCUGGACAAGGAGCCCACGGACUCCCAGGCCCCCGCCAUCCACACCGCCGUCUCCCACCUGCUGCAGGAGAGGACCAGGCUCCGGCAGAAACACACCCCGUGAGGGAGGGGAGUGUCAGAUAGAGCAGGCAUACAGGAAGUACUGCAGGACACCAUGGAGACUUAGGAGGAGAGGUCCUCUCAAUGAGUGUGGCAGCCAGGGGAUGUUGACUGACCUACAGGCUGCGUCUGGUGCUCUAACUUCUCUGGUGGUUGGGAUGAAGGGUUUUCUCAGGGGUUGAACACGCCCAGUACAGUGGAGAGUAGACUGGGCUCUACCGGCAGUCAUCAUGGACAAAUGUAUGUAUGAUGCCCUGGAAAAUUCUGUGAUGAAGUAAGGCAGGAAAAACAUCCCUUGUCAAAGAAUUGGCUACAACAUGGGACCUAAUAUGGAGGUAGUGCUGGUGAUGGGGUUCUCUUUGAUGAGGUGGGGUUGUCCAGACAAACAGAAACCAGGCUGCACCUCACACUGCAGCAAUGUUUUCCACUGGGGACAUUACAUGACUUUUGCAGCCUGGAUUGAACCCAAUCAAGCUGUUCAAGUCUCCCACACAUACACACUUGUAUUUACUAUUUCCCUGUCUAAUUCUUCUCUCUCUCUCUCUGCAUCUCUUUCUCUCAAACAGCUUUUAACGUUAUGAUUAUGUGGCCGUGGCCACCUGCUGAUUUAGUUAUCUUUUUCUCCCAUUAGGUGGCAGGGCUGAGAUUGAGGGAAACCCAAUUUGGGUACAGAAAUGGGAGAUUAGAGCAGGCUCUUAAUCUGUGACAGAUUUGUGCAUUGCCACGCUGUCCUGGGCUCUGGUCUCUUAGCGUGACCCUGGCUCCCAGUCGCCACCCCUGCCCACCGACUAUCCAUCCAUCUGAGUUGGUCCUUUAAAAACGAAUGGAUUCAAUGAGCUUUUUUUUCUCCCUUUGACGACAGAGCUAUAAUCCCUCAUAGAUUUAAAUUAAAUAUGAAAUGUUACAAUGCCAGGGACCCUUUCAGAGGUGUGUGUGUGUGUGUGUGUGUGUGUGUGUGUGUGUGUGUGUGUGUGUGUGUGUGUGUGUGUGUGUGUGUGUGUGUGUGUGUCCCUCCAGUGAUACGCAGAGAGGAAAAACACACGCGCACACACCGAGCAGUGGAACGCUUUCAUUUCCAGAGAGACAUUCCAUCACGCAGACAUCGAGUCACAACCACAGUCACGCAGACACUCAGCGACGUUGCAUCCAGACAUGCAAAGGUCCUCAGCAGCACGACCCACACUCCUGGAUAGAUGGACUCAGUCAAUUGAGGCUGGUCUGAGAGACAUGGUGAUUCAGUACACUUAAUUACAUCUUUAACUACUUUCCCUUUCAUUCCUUCUCCCCUCUGUUCUCGCAUAGACUUUCUACCUAAUUUACCGUAAACAUUCUCAGUCUGUGAACAUGCCAUUUCACUCUUUUGGGGCUGGUGUGUUUGAUAUUUGGGCGCCACUGAUUUCUAUGAGACCUGGUCCACAGCCACUCCUGUGUCCUGUCCUGUCAUCUGCUCUCAUUGUACUUUUAAUGGCAUGGACAGAGAGGGCAGAGCACUAGAAGUGCUGCUCUGGGUCCUUUCAGAAAACAACCUGCCCUCUGCUCUGUCCACGGCGCUGGCUGAUGAGAACGGGCCUAGGACAGAUGGUACAUCUCUCUCUCUCAGAAAAAAAUAUUUUUCUGUUCUCCAAAGAUUAAAAUACUCUAAGAAAGA